AUUUAUCUUAAUUUUGUUUUGAUUCAUUGUAGAUGUCAAGCACAGCCAUUAUAGGUCUCAGCGUAUGGACUUUGAUUUAUAAACAUCAAUAUGUUGCCCUUCUUGCAUCUCCAAACUACCAAUUCUGCACAUAUAUGCUUCUCCUAGCAGGCAUCGGUGGUCUUCUCGCCUCCAUUAUCGGUUGCUGUGGUGUGAAGCGUGAAAGUUUCUCAAUCAUUUUAAUUUAUAUUGUUCUCUUGAUCUUAGUCUUCCUUUUUGAGCUCUCAGCUGGCACAUUAGCGUACAUUUAUGAGAGAAACGUUCCCGAAGAACUCAACAUGACACUAAGUGACACAUUUACACAAAACUAUGCAGUUAACGAACGGCAUACGAAGGCAAUUGAUCUCAUGCAACAGAACUAUAUGUGUUGUGGUGCAAUUCGAUUUGAAGAGUAUCAACAGAGUAUGUGGUUGAAAUCAAAGAGAAAAGAUUUGAUUCGACAGAUUGAUGGAAGAGUUGUGCCUGAUAGUUGUUGUGUGACGAUGACUUUUGGCUGCGGGAAAUCGAUUAAUCCGUCAAAUAUUCCAUACACGGGAUGCAUCUAUCAGUUUUCCGACGAGAUUCGUGAACAACUCAUAAUUCUGGGGUCAGUUGGACUCGGAAUUUGUGUAACAAAAAUAUUUGGCAUUGUUCUUGCAUGUUCCUUAUAUAUUAAGCUUAAAAAGUUGUAUGAAUACACAGCAAAUCAAACGCCAGUGCAUUUGUUGGCUCGAGAUCGAGUAAGUUUCAUUUAUGGAAUUGAUGACUCAGAUGACGAACGUCUUCCUGAUCCACCAUCGAGCACCAAUCGUCAUAGCUUUAGACCAGACUUUUCUGAAAGUAAUGUCAGUAACAGACCAAAUUCUAUUUAUGAUAGAAGAGUUUAAGUUUAAGAAAUUUAAAGAAAAUAUCUAAUUCGUUGUGCCUCUAACAAAUUUAUGUACAAAUGACAUAAUUUAGAAACUAAGUCAAGUAAAAAUGAUAUGUCCGAAAUAUAUUUGUGAAAUUGUCGUACUUAAC